CAUCGGCGGUGUCUUUAUCGGCGUUUUCUACGGCCUGGGCCAUGACAUCUGGUCCAAUGCCGAACAGCUGUGGGAGGGUAUCUUCUAUCUGAUCGCGACCGUGAUCAUCACGAUCAUGGGGCUAGCCCUGCUACGAAUCAACAAGACCAAAGAGCAGUGGCGAGUCAAGAUCGCCAAGGCCCUCGUCGACAAGAGCAAGAACCACAAAAAGUCCAAGUUGCUCGGCGACUGGGCUCGCCGCUACGCCAUGUUUCUCCUCCCCUUCAUCACCACCAUGCGCGAGGGCGUCGAGGCCGUCGUCUUCGUUGGCGGCGUCUCGCUCGGCUACCCGGCCACUGCAUUCCCCCUGCCCGUCUUCACGGGAAUGCUGACGGGGGUGACGUGCGGCUACCUGAUCUACCGCGGUGGCAACGCCAUGUCCAUCCAGCUCUUCCUCAUCGCGUCCACCUGCGUGCUGUACCUGAUCGCGGCAGGCAUGUUCUCCAAGGGGAUCUGGGAUCUGCAGUACUACCAGUUCCAGAUGGCGGUUGGCUCCGAUGUGGCAGAGGAAGGCAGUGGGCCGGGCUCCUACGACAUCCGCGAGACUGUCUGGCACGUCAACUGCUGCAACGCCGAGACCGACAACGGCUGGGAUGUGUUUAACGCGAUCCUUGGCUGGGAAAACACCGGCACGUAUGGCUCUAUUAUCUCGUACAAUGCCUAUUGGCUCUGCAUCCUCCUCUGUGUUGCCUACAUGCUCUGGGAGGAGCGUUCAGGCAAGCGGUCCCUGCGCGAACGGAUCCUAAUUGUGCUGGCGAAAAUCCCGGGAAUCAAGUGGUAUGCAAAGCCGAAGCUGGACGUCAUGCAGGAGGACUCGGAGGAGAUCGUGCGCGCGGCCCAAAACGGGCUGUUUAACGAGGGACAGGUCGAGAAGCAGACGGUGCAAGUGGAGUUGAAGUGAACGUAGGGGGGUGGCAAUUGAAAAUGGG